UUACGUUAAAACUCGGAGUCCGAAACUCGCACUACCGCCCCACUACCCACGCAAUGAUGCUGUCCCUGUAACCAGCUCUGAAACCCCGAAAGGUGGUGGCUUUAGUCAUUCAGUUCAGCCACACCCAAGCUCGAAGCACCCAUCAUGGCUAUCAUCACAGAAGAACCAGAACUCACCACUAACUCACAGAUCCCACCCACCAAACCCAAACCUUCACCACCCAACAACAACAACAACGGCUUCUCUUUCUGGUUCUACUUCACUCUCGCCGUUUCCCUCAUCACCCUCUUCUUCGUCUUCACCUCCUCCCCCUCUCCCCACGACCCCAAAACCUGGUUCCUCACCCUCCCCACCCCCCUCCGCCACCACCACUCCAAGGGCCGCACCAUCAAGGUCCAAACUCACCCCAACGAAACCCCCCUCGAAGUCUUCACCGUCGAAGACGGCCCCACAUCGUCGGAAACCAUUCUCAUUGUGCACGGCCAAGGUCUCAGCUCAUUCUCCUACCGCCACCUCGCCAAAUCCAUCGCCUCCAAGGGAUUGCACGUGCUCUCCGUCGACCUCCCCGGAAACGGCUUUUCCGACAAGUCCGUUGAAGCUUCCGUGGAGGGCGUGAACGGGGUUCUGGGGAGGUUCUGGUACGUCUACAGCGAGAUUCAAGAGAAGGGUAUCUUCUGGGCGUUCGAUCAGAUAGUGGAAACGGGGGAGAUUCCGUACGAGGAGAUUCAAGCUCGCAUGUCCAAGAGAAAAGUAAGAAAGCCACUUGAUUUGGGUCCCCAAGAGAUGGGAAAAGUGUUGGGGGAGGUUAUUGACUCAAUGGGUCUCGCACCUGUUCACUUGGUUCUUCACGAUUCCGCGUUAGGGUUUUGUGCCAAUUGGGUCUCCGAGAGGGCUGAAUUGGUGAGGAGUGUGACGCUUAUCGACGCGGCGGCGGAGGGUGCUUUUCCCGUUUGGGUGGUGGAGGUGCCGGUGGUGAGGGAGGUGGUGUUGGGGGUCUCGUUUGUUUAUGCUAAGGUUGUGGGUUUGUGCUGUUCCGGGAGGGUUGGUGGUGAGGAUUUGGAUGCGUUGAGGGUGUUGUUGAAGGGCAGGGAUGGGGGGAGGGCGGUUGUGAAUGCUGCCAAGAGGGUGAAUUCCAGCUUUGACUUGGCGGAGUGGGGUGAGGGGUUGAGUGGUGUGCCAAUGCAGGUGCUGUGGUCUGCUGGCUGGUCUCCGGAAUGGAGCCGGGAGGGUGACCGUGUCGCCAAGGCGCUUCCACGGGCCACUUUUGUUACACAUUCUGGCUGCCGGUGGGCUCAGGAGGACGUAGCAGAUGAGAUAGGUGAAAAAAUUUCUCAGUUUGUCUUGUCAUUACCGAAGUCUGCUAGGAAAGUUGAACAAGAGUCCAUCCCUGAUCACAUACAAAAGAUGUUAGAUGACGCAAAAAGUAAUGGUCAUGAUCAUCAUCACCAUCAUAGUCAUGAUCAUGGUCAUGGACACGAUGAAUAUGGUGAUGCCCACAUCCAUGGAGCUAAUUAUAUGGACGCAUAUGGGCUUGGUCAUGGACCUCAUGGUUGGUGAAAAUGAUUACUGGAUUUUACUGGUUAAUGUUCUCACUAGCAGAUAGUACUCUUCACUUCAUGCUGCUCAUAGGUGUGUAUUUGUUGGAACGCAGAAGCUCGUAACAUAUAUAGCACUUGUUUGGAUAUAAGUUUUGAUGAGUUUUUCAGAGUCUUUAUACUAAAAAAUAAAGAGUUUUUUUUAAUAGAGGAAUUCUCAGAAGCUUUUUUAAACUCGCAUUCAAAUAGGAUACUAGUUAAAAAUGCUUUUAAGGGUUUCUCUAUUGAAAGUAAAAAAAUAUUUUCAGUAGAGAAGUUCUCAAAAACUCUUCUAAUUUGUAUCCAAAUAUGUUCUAAUAUUUCUUGCAAGCUAAAGUUACAGGUUAGUAUUUUUUUAAAAUUUUUUUUUUUACUGUUUUACAUUAAAGUGGCUCAAGGGUGUGAGAAGAUGAUGCACGGAAGAACAAUUAUGCAUAAGAAGACAGUUGUAACGAAUUAUUUUUUACAUAUUUGAGCUGAUUGCUCUCGUAUGCUCUAUUUUGGAGCUACAUUUUGUAUUUUGAUUUUGGAAUUAUUUUUGGAAGGUGUUUGGUGAGUAGAAAUUUUAAUCAAUGUACUAGAGAUAUUUUAGUAAUUCAGAUAGAUGAUUGUGUAA